GUAGAGAAAAAUGUCUUCAAACGGUGGAAAAUAUGCUGCUAAACAACUUCGAGCUGGAAGAUAAGGAUCUUAAAUCUUCAUUUUGUGUCUGUGAAGAAAAAGAGAAAGAUAUCGUAGAAUUGCGACAGCCAAUGAAACUACCAUCGAGUCUAAUUUGCAACAUCCUCCCAGUAACAAAGAAUGGGGAAAAACAGCAUGUUCGCCUUAAGUUACAGGAAUUAAUUGGCGUUCACGACUUGUUGGGACGAAGACAUACAUACAAACUUUCAGCUUUUAUAACACACUAUGGAAUUGAUGCAAAAGAGGGUCAUUUCAACUGUACGGUUUUACGAAAUAAAAGGUGGUUUCUAAUCGACGACAAACUGGUCAAGCCACAACAGUUGUGCGAAACCAUCUUCAACGGAGACGUAUAUAUGCUGUUUUACAGCACAGAAGAACAUUUUGAGGUUCAAAUUAUGACUGAUGAAAGUACAUCGAUAUCAGAGCAAGACCAGAUAAAGGAUAAAAUGGAAGUAACGACACCUCCGAGUCCACCUGAAUGUGUACAGGACAGUACACUCACAGAAAAGGUUGACAGGUAUUGGGACUUGCGCAAGGGACAUCAGCUACAUCACAUUGUAUCACACAUCAACGGAACGCCGUUAAUGUAUUACGACAUCAAGCUGCUUGACCAAGCGCCUUCCGACUAUGAAAAAACAUUGCUUGAACAAUACGCAACCAAACAUGGAGAAACGUAUAACGAAGGAUGGCUAAAUGAUAAGAUAAUAAACAAUUUUCUAAUCGACGUACAAAGAAAAUCUCAGGGUACCAAUCGUGUAGCAGUCAUGAGCAGCUUCAUGUACACAAAACUAUGUAAAUAUGGCGUCCAUUCCAUAACGAAAUGGAUUCAAAAGAACCCAUUCUUUAAAGCAGACCUGUGCUUCAUACCAAUAAAUUUGGACAAUAAUCACUGGAGUCUUGGGGUAGUGGACUUUACUUCAUGUACCAUAUUUCUUUAUGACCCUAUGGCUAUGGCGAUGUUAAGAGAAGAGAGAAGCUUCCACAAAAAAAUUAGAUUACUGAUAGCACACCUUCAAGCAAUAUGCCCAGAAAUGAGUCCACCAGAUGUUAAAUAUUUUGAUAACUCCACAAAAUUUGAGCCCAGACAACUUGAUGGAAGUUCAUGUGGGGUUUUUGUAUGCAUGGUAGCUGAUUAUAUGGUCAAUGGUUUGGAUGUGAACUUUACACAGGAAGACAUACUAUGUUUAAGGAAAUACAUGGCAGUUCGCCUAGCAAAUCCUGAAAAAAACGUCCAAAUACCAAUAAGGAAACAAACUGAACAUUGCAAUGAGGAUGACCAUGCCACAUACACACUUAAAGCAAAGGUUAGAAAUAUUCUGUCUCUAUCAGAUGAUGGCUUAGAGUCUGUCUUUAAAGAAGUAUUAAAUGAAGGUGAUAAAGGAUUCUUAACAAUUAGCUUGGUUUGUAAGCGAUUUAGACAGAUAGUGGGAAGAGACUCUUUUAGACGCACCACUCACUUCGCCUGGUUAAACAGUGUGUGGGAAUGGAAUUCAUCAUCAAAAGAAUUCAAAGAGGAGAAUUACAAAAUGUAUGAAAUAAAAACUUGUUUUCAAUGUGGCAUGUCAUUUAAAGAAAUGUAUGGCUUUAUUGGAAAUGGUAAAUUUGGCGAGUUCAGAAAAUUUUACUCAACUCUUGAAUAUCCAGGAUUCUGCAGUAAAGAGUGCAUUAAAGAAAGCUAAUUAAUAAAGUUGGAAGUAAUUACAUCAGGACUAUAUAUGGCAUAAACCUUUAAGAAAACAUCAUGUUUCAUAAUAUCUGUUGAACAUAAUACCAGGCUGAUAUUUUCACAGAUAGCUGCCACUGUUAAGCCGGUUUUCCACAAGCAAUAUUUUUGCGAAGCAACUUUAUUCCUUUGUAUUUGAGCAAUUUGUUUCAGAUGGUUGCAGUUAAGAGCUCUGGAACAAAUGUAAAAUGUCGAUUCGCACGAAUAAUAUCGCUAGUGGAAAACCGGCUUUAGACAGCCUUUGAUGGUCAUUGUGUACAUAAUAUACUGACAACUCCACAAAUUUAUCACAAUCUUCUUUCACCUAUGUCCUUAUGAAACAUUUCAAUUGGGCUUUGCUAAAGCCCAAGGAAAAUUUUCAUUGUCUUUGAAAAUAUCAACUUAAAAUUUGUUUGUAAAUAUAUGCUAGUAUUUAGUUGAACAUUGUUGUCCAUUUAUAAUAUUCACAUCUAUAUAAAUCACAUAUAAAAUAUUCACAAUUAUAUAGUUUUAAUAUAU